UGCCAUGGCGAAGUUAGUGGAGUAUUUCCUCGUCUGCGGCCUCGGUCCAGAGGUCCAGGCAUCGAAUGGCGCCCGCGGCUACCACGGGAGUUCCGGCGUCUCCUAUAGUCCAUCGCUGCUGGAUCAGUUCCCUCCGGCUUCCACAGAUCGGCCUCCUCCGCCGCCCCAACUUCCAAUGUGCGUUCUACCGGGUGGAGUGGCAUUUCAUUCGACUGGAUUCAUAAUCACGGACGAAUCGAGCUAUCCUCGCAGCUAUCCAAUUAUCUUAACUGACGGCGAUGGAUCUAAGAUCUACGUUAGCUGCGUUGCCUUUCGAGAUCCAGUUGAUGAGGAUAUUGCCGAGGCAUACCGCAUUCCUGCGAACUCAUACGUAGACAAAUGUAUAUGUCUGGUGUCACACUCGCCUUGCUUUAGAUUGUUUGCAGAGGCGCUGGAAGAGCUUCACCGGCUGUGUUUCUCUCCCUCUGGAUCAAGUAAACCACUCUGGGAUAUUGUGGCACAUAUGGUAACGUCUGUGCCACUUCCCACUCCUGGACAGAGCCAAGUUUUGUUUUCUCUGGAAAGCCGUCUUCUGUGUAUAGAUAUGCCUCCGAAGGGCGGUUUUCCUCACGCAGACAUGUCAUUUCAACCUCUCCUACAAUGCUUGGAUGUAGAUAAUGUUUUGCAGCUCUUUGUUUCUAUUCUUCUUGAGAGACGGGUUCUUCUUCGGGCUAACAAGCUUUCGUUGUUGACAAUGGUUGCGGAAGCUGUAUGCCAUCUUAUCUAUCCAAUCAAGUGGCAGCAUGUGUACAUUCCAGUAUUAUUUUACGCUGGAGUCGACUACAUUGAGGCUCCGACUCCCUAUUUGAUGGGUCUUCAUUCGGCUGUUGACAUCUCUAACUUUUCGCUGGACGGGGUGGUGGUUGUGGAUCUGGAAAACAAUCAGAUAUUUUCCUCAGAAGCCAUACCUCCUCUUACGGAACCUGAAGGCUCAAUUCUGCGAAGAGACCUUGUGCGCUUACUGUAUCCAAAUGUAGUUCAUUUGGAUCGUGCUCGCAAAACAAUUGGCGAUCCCUGCUAUGAUGAUCUAAGGCUUGGAAAUAAGAAAUGGAAUGAGCAACAUGAUUUGGAACUGAGGCUUAUUUUUCUCCAGUUUUUUGCAUCAGUUUUGCCUGACUACCGCAAAUUUGUGGGCAGUGCUCACGUAGCGAUGAAUGUUUUCAAUACGCAAGCUUUCUUGAAAAAACGUGCAAGAGCCCUUGGACGUCAACCUGAUCCCAUGAUUUUUCAGCUAUUGAACUCCCAAGGAUUUAUGGAUUUUCUGGAUCGAGGAUAUGGUGCACCUGAUGCGGGUUUAAAUCUCGUGGAUAAACUUCAGAGUGCUAUCGCUAAUAGCGAAUCUCGUGGAGCCAUUCUACCUCUGCCGUACGACGAGCCUGAAAUCAUAACCGUUGCAGAUAUACAGAGUAAAGGUCCAGCUGCAAGGUCAAGAUUUUGUUAUGAUCGAUUUCCUGCCAACGUGAGGACUCAGUUUGAGGAGGAGAAACGAAGUGCGGUUUUGGCUAAAGCAAACGCAAGUUUCGACCGUCCCAAUAGACCAGCUGUUUCAAGUCCUGUUUCAGGGAGUUUCAGUCCACGAGAAAGAGCUGCUGAGCGGGACCGCAUGGUGCUCGACAUAAAAGUCAAACUCCAGGGAUUGUGGCUACGGCUUCUCAAUUUAAGUUCUGUAGAGGAUCCCUUUUCGUCGUUUGAAUAUGGCACCAUACUCGCUUUGAUUGAGUCCGAUGCGGAAGGUAUUGGUGGAAGUGGAUUUGUUGAGUGUGUCAGGGAGCAUAUUCACUCGGGGUGGCAAUGUCGUGUUUCCGAGGAACAAUUUAUGGCAGUUAAAGAGCUUGUGAAAACCAUUGUCAAUCGUGCUACUUCACGCAAUGAUAUGGAAACAGUUCGGGAUGCACUGGAGAUUUCUGCCGAAGUUCACCGUCGUGAUGCUGGCAAUAUUUUAGACUUUGUACAACGUCAUUUGGGAUCUUUGCCAGUUUGGGACGACAUACGUUUCUGGGAAGGAUAUUGUGAGUAUAUAAUGGAACGUUCCUCUGAUAGGACUGGGAAGUAUGCUGAUCUUGUAACCGAACAACUUGUCGUCAUAGCUCGGCACCUGGCUGGUUUGAAAGUUCCGGAUCCAGAGGCCUGGCUAAUUCUUGAGUCAUUAGCAUUGAAGAAUAAUCUUGGAUCGAAGCAACUGAUAAAAUUGAGAGGCAUUUUAGCUCAUGUACAGAAUGUGAAACAAGGUUACUGGGGAAAACUACCUACAUCAAGAGCACAGCCAGUAGCCUCUUAUCCUCAAGAUCGACAAGAAAACGAUGACAGUCAGAGCUCUCAAGCGGCGGGUGCUGGAAGAAGCUGGAUGCAAAGUAUGUUUAGCAGGGAUCGCGCCUCGUUCAGACAACCUGCCAACGACGCUCGAGGUCGUACGGACGCACCUGUUUCAGGCUCAAGGCAAAAUCAGCGAGCCAAUGUAGACAGCACGCAGGCAGUGAAACGGUCUCCAGCUUUGCGAAACCUUCGUGGUCAUACAGGUCCUGUGACAGCAUUGCACGUGGGAACGAGAAGUGAAAUGGGGGAUCUUGUCGGCGAAAAUGAACCAGGCAUGUUCAUAAGUGGAUCUGCUGACUGCACGUUAAAAAUGUGGGAUCCAACCGUGCGUGGUUCUGAGUUUCGAGCAACAUUAGAAGGACACACGGCGACAAUUCGUGCAAUAUCGUCCGAUAAGCUGCGUAUAGUUUCCGGUGGCGACGAUACUCUUGUACUUAUCUGGGACAAGGCUACGUCUCAGAACAGCAUGAAGCUCGACGGUCACAGAGAAAAGAUAAGCUGCGUGAGGAUGCUGUCGGAGGAACGAGUUCUUUCGGCUUCCCAUGAUGGCACGGUCAAGAUGUGGGAUGCCAGAACGGACGCAUGCGUUGCCAACGUGGGACAAUCUUCGAGUGCAAUUCUAUGCAUGGACUACGAUGACACUACGAGAGUCCUUGCUGCCGCAGGAAUGGACGGAGUUGUGAAAGUUUGGGAUGUCCGAGCUGGGAAACAGGUUCAUAUGCUUCUCGGUCACAAGAAGUGGAUAAGAACUUUGAGAAUGGUGAAGGAUACGAUCGUCACUGGAAGUGACGACUGGACAGCGAGGGUGUGGUCUGUGUCUCAAGGUUCUUGCGACGCAGUCCUUGCAUGUCACGCAGGUGGAAUCACCUGCGUGGAGUACUCUGCUACAGACGAUGGAAUCAUCACAGGUUCGGCAGAUGGUCUGGUUCGCAUUUGGGAGUAUCAAAACGGAGGCUUGCUUCAGUGCGUGAAAAACGUCGGUGUCCACGUUUCGCCCAUUCUCUCCGUGAAAGCGGGACCGCGGUGGCUGGCAAUAGGCGCCGGAGAUAACUCCAUGUCCCUGUUCCACAAGGCGGAGCAAAACGACCAAGCAAAGGGAAUGGCGGGAUGGCAGCUCUACCGCACUCCACAGCGUAGCGCCGCAGUGGUGAGAUGCGUUGCUUGUGAUGCGGACAGAGGAAGGAUUUGUAGCGGCGGCCGCAAUGGGCUUCUUCGUCUCUGGGAACCAAACCUCUAGAAAUUUUAAAACGAAGUGAAUAUGCGUUUUUUUAAUUUUUGUAAGAACUCUUGAUCUAAGUCAUUGGCGGGACGAAAUCCUGGUUGGUUUUGUGUGUA